AUGGACAUGAAGCGAGGCGCGAGCAGUGGCUCUGUCGGCAAAGCUGGUGGUGGCGGUGGCGAUGGUGGCAAUGGUGGCGACGAUGGGCAGCAGCCACGGAAGCGGCCACACGUCGUCUCGUCGUCGUCGUCGUCAUCAUCAUCGUCACCCUUGCCGCCCCCGCCCAGCAUCAAGGCAGGUACGUCAACAGCUGCGAGCAUCGCAAGCGGCGGCGCAGAUCAGCACCCACAGAAGCGUCACCUACAACAACAUCAACAGCAGCAACAGCAGAAGCCUGCCACCUUCAAGCGGCGACCUCGAAGGAAGGCGCCGUCGGCAACAGCUGUAGCAGGGACCAAGCGAGGCAGUACACCAAGCAGUACAAGGGCGAGCACCAACCCAUCCCCAACACCACAACAGCCAACACCCAGCGCUAUCUCAGCACAGGCGCCUCCUCUGCAACACCCCAUGCCAAUGAUGUCUGCACCGCCACCUGCGCGUCGCCGACCGCCGAGCGUGUACGAUGUCGACCCCGCGGGGCCAGGCUACCGAUCGACACCCGUAGCAUUGUCCUCGUCUUCGUCAUCCAUGAGAGCUGAACAGGGACAGCAGGCUUCCAACCCCAUGCCUCUCCCAAUGCCUCGCCAGAUAAUGCAGCCCCAGGCACGGCCACCGCCAGCAUCAAUCCUCCCCACGCCAAACGCAAGCCACGCGAACGCUCGUGUGCCUGCGGGGCUCGAGCAGCAGGAAGCGCCUGUGGUCGAUCCGUCAACCUCCGCGGCGUUUGCAACCAGACCCAUUGUUUCACAGCAGCGCACGCAGCUCCGCGUCCUGACAACCAGCGACACGCAGGACAACGAGUUCAAGCGCAUGAAGGUUGACGCGCUGCUGAGUCUCCUGGACGCGGAAGGGAUCCAGGAGCAUGUCACGCCGUUGCUGUGUGCACUGCGCCUUGCCUGCCGCACAGCACUCACGCCAGCGCAGGCGACGUCAGUCCUGCAACUCGUCGUGCGCCUCAGCAGCACCUCGUGCGACGCCGACACAAUGUGCUUGCUCCUGGCCACGGCGAAACAGGUGCUGGCACAUUCGUCGCAAAGCGCCCUGCCACGCACCAUCAUCAACAGCAUCGGCACGUUGGCCCUGAACACACAUGACCAGCCGCUUCCCUCAGUCCGCCGGCGUGCACUCAGCCUCCUUCCCUUCUGCUACGCGGCCGCUUCACACGGCCACCAGCAACGCCAUGCGCCGGACACAAGCGAGACUCCCCACCGCCGUCCCAGCAAUGCGCAGCAAGCACAUGAGCGAGCCACAGCAUCAAUAGGCGCCGCUGCUGCCACUGCUGGUGGUGGUGAUGGUGGUGGUGGUGGUGGUGGUGGUUGUGGUGGUGGUGGUGAUCAACGACAUGGAGGCAUCGACACCGUCAAUGGUGACAGCGUUGGUGGCGGGUCUGUUGGUGGCAGUGGUGAUGGGACGGCGGCACCACAGGCACAACACACAGCCUCGACAUCGCCACUUUCACCACCGACAACAGCAACAUCAGCGACAGAGGCAGCAGGGCAGCUGACCCCGCGGUGUGUGACUGACGCCAUCACGCUUCGAUUACAAGACGAGGACCCGCGCGUGAGGAGCGAUGCCCUGAUUGCUCUGCGACAGCUGCUUGUACAUGGGCUGCCGCCUGCGCCACACCACUGGCCGCUCCUGAAGGCGCUGCUUGGCGACAAGCGCACCACGAUUCGCCAGCACUGCCUGGAGUGCCUGGCCGUGUUUCUGCCGCGGUACCAGGAAUGCCUCGCUGCCGCCACACGACAGCAAGAACAGCAGCAGGGCAGUAGUGGUGGUGGUGGCAAUGCGGGCGGUGAUGAGCAGCACCUCGACACUGAUGAUGCGGUAGUGGGGCAUGCAGGCAAUUCAUCACCCGCUACAACCAAUGCCAACAAGCCCAGCAACACGCACAACAGCAGCAAUAACGGUGCCAGCGAUACCAGCAACAGCGACACCACCAAUGGUGCGAAUGGUGGCGCAACAUCCCAACCAGCAUCAGCACCAGCACCACCAGAGGCAUCGGCAGCAGGAGCAGCUGAUGCGAUUGUGAACGACGCGUUUGUGUCGCUGUGCGACCUGGCAACAGACAUCUCCUCAGCGGUGCGAGCGGCCACGUUCCGCGCACUCUCGCACCUCCGCGGGGUGUCGCCGGAGCACGUGUUGCAGACGCUGGACAAGAAGCUCAUGUCACACCUGCGCACACGUAAGAGCGCACACGAGGCGCUGAAGGAGAAGCAUGGCACGACAAAGCGGGCUGUGGAGCAAGCGCUGAGUCAGCAGCCACCGCAGGGAGACAUUGACGUGCACGACAUCAGCAUCAUGUCUGCGGGCGCGUGUGGCGCAUUCAUCCACGGGCUGGAGGACGAGAUACACGAGGUGCGACUGGCCACACUCGAGACGAUCCGCGUGCUGGCGCUCAAUUACAAACCGCUCGCCCUCAAGUCGCUGGACUUUCUUGUGGACAUGUUCAACGACGACAUUGAUCGCGUGCGCGUGUGUGCGCUGCGCGUGAUGACAGACCUGAGCGCGUUCUUCACGCUGCAGGAGGAGCAGGUUGACAUGAUGCUGGGCAUUCUGGAUGACGGCAAUGCCACUGUGCGGCACAGCGCCCAUCGCCUCUUUGGCGCAUCGCGCGUUGUCAACCACAACUGCUUGCACGUCAUCGUCGCCAGCAUGCUGGCUGCGCUCGCGCGGUAUCCUGAGGACCACAUCUCCAUCUUCCACUGCUUGCGACGCCUCGGUGCGUCCCACCCCACGUUCACGGCGUUCCUGUGCCCGACGCUGCUUGGGUUCAGCCCCCACGUCCUCAGCGCAGCCGCCGGCGUUGAGGACAGGGCAUACGUUGCGCUGUUGUGUCUGGUGUGUGGGGCAUCUGCCUCGCAACCGCGCCUGCUUCGUCUCCUCCCGUCGAAUGUCAUUGACCACUGGCAGCAGCUUGCUGUGACGCUUCCACAGCUCUUCUCUGCUUCACAGACCCAGCCACGGCCAACAAAGCGUCAGCGUAAUGGUAGCGACCGUGGCAGUGGAGGUGAUGGAAGUGGUGGGAAUGUGCUGCUGGAGAACAAGGCUGCGUUGCGAGCGGCGCUGACGCAUUUGCAAGCGGGGCAGUAUGCGCGGGGAUUGAAAUGCCUGCAUGCAAUGCAGUCGCGCUUGCAUGGGGUGUGUUCCGGCAGUGCCCUGGCAACGGCAGACGCCCGCGUGUUACUUCUCUACCACUACAUCACCAUUCUCUCCGCCACAUUUCGAACUCACCAGCAUUCGCUGCCGUGUUGCGUCGUGGCACAAAUGGCUCCAGUCCUUGUUCGCUUUUGCAAUUAA